GUUCCAGGUUGCAGCACCUGCGAGACGCCGGGAUGGGCUCCAGGGCAUCUUUUUAGUCUCAUUUUAGCGAGUGUGUUACAGUUAGGUAGGGAGGGACCCCGCCCCGCCUCCCUCCACUCCAUGCUUCGCAAUCGGCGGCCCAGCUGCUCAUUUAAGGAACGUCGAACUAGGAGGAGAACGGGGACUUGGACCUACCUGGUAGGUAGGUAGGUAGCCAACGGGUCUCGUUUCUACUGGGGGACCUCCAUAUCUACCACUUCCAAACCAGAACACCUUCGAAAUCCUCCUCCGAACACAUCCAACUAUCUCACACGCUCGCUCUCCCCAGACCCUCUAUCCACCCCUUAAUCCUAUAUCAAGAUGGCGGACUCCCUUACUGAAGAGCAGGUCUCUGAGUUCAAGGAGGCCUUCUCCCUCUUUGACAAGGACGGUGAUGGCCAAAUCACCACCAAGGAGCUCGGUACCGUCAUGCGCUCGCUGGGCCAGAACCCCUCCGAGUCUGAGCUUCAGGACAUGAUCAACGAGGUCGAUGCCGACAACAACGGCACCAUUGACUUCCCUGAGUUCCUUACCAUGAUGGCCAGAAAGAUGAAGGAUACCGACUCCGAGGAGGAGAUCCGUGAGGCCUUCAAGGUGUUCGAUCGCGACAACAACGGCUUCAUCUCCGCUGCUGAGCUCCGUCACGUCAUGACCUCCAUCGGCGAGAAGCUCACUGAUGACGAGGUUGAUGAGAUGAUCCGCGAGGCCGACCAGGACGGCGAUGGGCGUAUCGACUACAACGAGUUCGUCCAGCUCAUGAUGCAGAAGUAAACGGCUUUCUCCUAUAUUCCAACUCUCCACGAAGACAGGUUUUAGCGUUCUCUUUGAAUACCACUAUUAGUUGAUAUGCCUCCAUUCGGAUGUGAAGGGAUAGCUUUGUUUCCCACGCUUGGUAUGUUAUGCAAGGAUCACCUGUGUUCUCGUGGUUGCGCAUUAUGCUGGACUGUUAUCUCUCCUCCUGCCUCAAACCACCGAGCUCGGGAAGCAAUGGGGUGAAGUUGACAUAAAUUGACGCUAGCGACUCAAGUUUCUCUCCGGUUGACUUUGAGUCUGUGGCGAUUCGUCUCCAAAGCAGUUAUCAAUCAAAUCUUACUCCGCCUUUGCUAGU